AAAGAAAAGGAUAACUACACUUUAGUAAUUAAGCUCUAUGUAGAUAGUGUAAUUAUAACACCUAGAAAACUAUUUAAAGAAUUAGACUAUAUAGAAAUAAAAAGCCUAAUUAUAGGCAGCAUGUUUAAAGUACUUUUAUAUAAUUUAUUAGUUUAUAAGGGACAGAUUUUUAACUUUUAUCUUAUAUAUAAAGUUAAAAGGAAAUUAACACAGCUAUAUAAAAAAUUAAGACUAGUAUUUAUAAAACAUUUUAAUAAGAAGAAGAAAAAGAUUCUUACAUAG